AUGGGACGUCCCGACGGCCCCCGCGACCCCAUCGCCGGCCCCGACACCCCCCAACCACCCUUCCCCCUCAAACUCCGGGGCCCCGUAAUCAAAGGCUUCGGACGCGGCAGUAAAGAACUCGGCAUCCCCACCGCCAACAUCCCCCUCUCCGGCCUCUCAAUCGGCGGCAACGAAGACCUCGACUCAGGCAUCUACUACGGCUGGUGCACACUCGACCCCUCCACCAUCCCUUCUUCUUCUUCCCCACCCUCCAACACCACAACACCCUCAGACUCAACAUCCUCCGCACCCCCCUCCACAUCCUCCAACCACGCCGUCCUCGACCUAAACUACCCCACCUCCCCCGCCCCCUCACCGCAAACAAUCUACCCCACCGUCCUCUCCAUCGGCUACAACCCGUACUACAAAAACUCGAAACGCAGCAUCGAAAUCCACAUUUUGAAUAACUUCGAGCGCGAUUUUUAUGGCGCGACGCUGAGUUUGGUUAUUCUGGGUUUCAUACGGCCCGAAUAUGAUUAUGUGAGUUUGGAGGCGCUGGUGGAGGAUAUCAAGGAGGAUAUUCGUGUGGCGAAGAGGGGUUUGGAAAGGGAAAAGUAUUUGGAGUGGAAGGGGGAUGAGUGGUUGAAGGGAAGAGGGGAGGGAGGGGAGGUUAUGGGGAAUGGGGAUGCGAGGGGGGAGCAGGCGGGGCAGAAGGAUGGGGUUGUGAAGAGUGAGAUGAUUAAUUGA